CUGCUGUGACCCCCCCCAUCCUCUCUCUCUCUCUCUCUCUCCUUCUCCUCCCUCCUCCUCCCUCCAUUCCUCCCCAGUCUACAGGCUCGUCAAGCAGGGAGAAAUAAACAGAAGCGAGCACACAGAAGAAGAAGAAGAAGAAGAAGAAGAAGAGAAGACAUUCCUCUCUCCCUCUCCCCUCCCCCCUCUCUCACACUACACACUAUCUGUCCAUCUUCAUCCAGCAGUCCUUUCUCUCUUUCAUGGAGAGGAAUUAUUCCGCUGCAGGCUUCGGAGAUCUCGGGGCAGGAGCAGGAUGGAGUUACGACAGAUCGGGCAAAGCAAGCCUCGUGUAUGGGAGCGCCAGGUCGUCCCACCCAGAUGCAGAGCUGCUCCACCGGCAAACCUAUGGCACCCCUCACCCCCUCCAGGGCUAUGCAACCAAUCACCACCCAGGAAGCUCCAGACAGGCUGGGGCCUGGGGCGCUCCUGGACGCACGCUUGGCCUGUCGGGACUGUUUGACGCCGGCCUCCACCAUGGCGGUCCCUCAGGUCCUGACCCCUCGGUCAUGAAUCUGAUUUCAGCUCUGGAGUCGCGGGGUCCACAGCCGCCACCCUCUGCUUCCUCCCUCCUCUCUCAGUUUCGUGCUCCCUCUUGGCAGACUGCAAUGCAUACAUCGGCCCCAGCGGAGCUCUUUAUUUCAGGGACACUACCUGGUUCAAGCUCCUUCCCCUCCUCCUCAGCCCUUUCUGCAUACCAGCAUCCUGGCUCCUUCUCCGGACGAUCUUUUACUCCCUCACUAUCCCUGCAGGACACGUCUACAUUUAGCCCGACUUCCAACGGUUUGCUAUCCCCCCAUGAUCCCCUGCUUCACAUCAAAACAUCAUCUCAGGCCAGCUUGGGCUUUGAUCGCUUGCUGUCUUCCCAGAGUGCCGCCUACCGGGACUCCCAAGAGCCCCCGGCCCCUCCCCAGUCCCAAGCCCCUCCCACCUCCGCCAGUUGCCACCUGUCCCCCCACCAGUUCAAUCUGUUGUCCUCCCAGCUCCACAACCAGUCCUCACAGCUCUAUAAUGCCUCCAUGUUCUCUUCCGCACCAGCCCUGCUGCCCACGGCCCCCCCUCUAUCCCAGCCCCCUUCAGAGAGGGCAGUUUCCCGGCAGGACAGUGUGAUCAAGCAUUACCAACGCUCGUCCCCAGUAGAGUCCACAACACUCCCCCCACAGCAAUAUAUCAGCUGUGGUGGGUCAUCUAGCUACCAGCAGAUAGCCAGCCACCAACGGCAUUCUGGACUGUCCUGCAGUCCCCUGGGGGAGCAAAGCCCAUCCUCUGACCCCAAGCCCUCACCCCGGUUGGAAUCCAAGACAUACCGACCUAUCAUCCAAACCCCCUACACAUCCUCGUCCUCCAGCUCCUCAGCCCCCUCCUCAUCGGGCGCUAAGGGAGCCAAGAGCUCCAGCUCCAGUAGUGGCUACUCCUCUACGGGCUCAGCGUCAUCCUCUUCCCGUACCCCACACACUCCACCAUCGGCCUCCUCCACUUCCUCUUCAUCCUCUUCUAGCUCAAAGACAAACACUGGCUCCUUGUCUGCUCCCUCUUGUCAGCAGCCCCCACCUCAGUCAGCAUUGGCACCACCUCCUCUACCUGUGGUGUCAACCAACCUUGUUCAACAGCCAGCACCCAAACAAUGCCUCUCCACCUAUGGCUCUCCGCCUGUUGCCAAAUCCAGCACAGGCCUACCAGAUCACACCCCUCCCCAGCAACAUGCCCAGUCCUACUCUCCCGGUCAGCCUCCAUCUACACACAUGGCCCAGUCUUAUGAAGGCUUUAACUCACCUCAUGCCCAGGACCUGACCUCUGGAACAGGGGGUACUGGAGGGAAACCCUUCACUAGUAUAGGCUCAGGAGGACGCUCGUUUUCUGCAGAGAUAGUAUUUGGGGACUCAAGCUUUGGCUCAACUCCUCUCAGAAGAGCAGGCAGUCCUUCCUUAGGGUAUGGGAGUGCUGGAGGAUCAACUGUCAGUGGACCCGUAUCAGGAGCUGCUGCACUUGGCAGUGGAGUUGGAUCCGCGGGAUCAGGGAGCGGGGCUGCUAGUGUUGGUAAUGGAAGCAGCAGCUCUUACCACCUGCCUGAAUCUAGUCCUUCACCCUCCAUCAGUUCUACUAUCAGUCGCCCUGGAUUGCACUCUCCUGCUUCUGCUUGCCCUGCACAGUCACCUGGAGGUUCAGGAGCCAACAAGUACUUGUCCUCAAUCCUCUCGCCUGCUUUCAUGUCCUCACCACAAGGUUUUCCUGAUACACGACAAGUGCAGAGCCAGUCCUACCACACAACACCACCCAAGCCAAAAACGGAGACCAACAUGCUGGGAGUUGAGCAAUCCCAAGAUGAGGAAGAGGAUGAUGAUGAUUUCCUCAUCCACCACUUACUUCAUGCCCAGAGCUCAAAUCCCCAUCCUUCCCAGCAUCACCCACCUCCUCAGCAACUUCCCCAGCCGCUCCCACAAACUAGGGAUGGGGAAGGCAAGAGGUUGACCUAUGAUAUUGACAAGAUCUCAGAAGAGCGCUACCACCUUCAGAGUGUCAUUCGUACCAAUAACAUCUCCAGCAGUUCAAGUCCUGGAGCAGCAAUUGAUGAUGCAGAAAGUGGCUUAAACAGUCAGUUGGAAAUAUCUCAGAAGAAACAACAACAGGCCAAAUCAGAGUUGACCAUAUCAAAGUCCACUGCUGGAGGGGUCACUGACUCUCUUUCCCACUCCCAUACCACCCACUCCCAUCAACAACAGCAUGACUCCUUGGGCUCUGUGGUCCAUUAUGGAAGAGGAGACCCCUACACACAGCACUCCCAUCACACUUCACAUGUGUCCUCACACUCUCAGCAACACUCUCAGCAUCCCCAAAUCUCCCAACAUCCUCGGCACACUCAACACACACAGCACUCUCAACAUACUCAGCAUAGCCAUCCCCAUCCCCACUCUCACAGCCACCCUCACAUGGAGCUAAAGAAGACUUCAGAUAUAAAUGACAAUGCCUACUUGUGUAACACACCAGAUGUGCAACAGUCUCGACAAAGCCAGGUCCCCCUCUCCCUGAUAGAAUCACCGCCGGACCCUCCCCAGCAAACUCACAUGCUGCAGUCUGUCCUUUCUCAUACCACUCACACUAAGAUGGACCCCCAGCAAGCCCCUCCACAGCAGCAUCCAUUGAGACAGCAGGCCAUGAUGGGUUCAGCCGGAGGAGCAGGGCCUGCCAGGGUGGAAUCCCAUCCACAGAACCAGUCAUCACAGUUGCAACUCCAGCUUCAGACCCAGGGUUUAGAUACCCACUACGGCCUUGGAGCCCAGCCAAGAGAUCAAACCCGAGCCAGUCAGAACUCAGUAUCUCCACUUGAAAUGCUAGACCAAUCUCUAUCCCGAACGAACAGCAGAGGCGGUGGAGGAGCUCUGGACAGAACCGGAGUUGGAGUGACUGUUACAGGAGGGGAAGGAGAUGGUGGCGACAGACAUAGACAGCAGCACAGACUUACACCCCACCACCAUCCCCAACAAACAGCCUCAGAUCUCCAUGACUUCCUCUCUGAACCAGAUUUGGGCUUGUCCACCCCCUCACACCUGCACCACCUCAACCAGCCUCAGGCCCAUGCCCACCCCCAUGCCCUCCAUCAACAGCAAACACACACUCACCAUCAGCUGGCACACUCUCAGUUAGCUCACCCACUCUCCCACCGGAUGGCAGCGAAUAUGGGAACUCCCCAACGACAGCAGCAGCCUCAACAAAGAGAGCCUGGAACUCUGUCACUCUCCCAGUUAGACCAGCUCAAACAGCACCCGUUUGACGCAGUGAGCCCAGUGGGUAAAGUAGGACAGAAUCAAGUUCAGCAACAACAGCAGAGGUUUGCCCCUCUAACAUCCAUCUGCUUUCCAGACUCUCUCUUACAUGAUGAAGACCGCUCUUUCUUUCCUGAGAUGGAGGACAUGUUUUGCUCAGCUGAUUACAAGUCAAGCUGUGCUGAGGAUUCUGGGGCAGGACAGGCUGCUCAAGAAAGCCUAACCCAGGGCCAUGGGCAGGGGCAAGAGGGUAUGGAGGCCUUAAAAACAGGAGGUGCUGGAGAGGGCUAUGAUAUGGUUGGUCACAGUGAUCAAGGUUAUGGACAGUACUGCCACAGCCUUCCAGGAACAGGAAAUGGCAAUCUACACCUAGACCUUGACUCUAUGAAGACCCACGAGCUUCCCUCCACUGUGAAUACAGACCAACUUGGCCUCAUCCAAUCCCAAACAGCCACUAUGGGGUUGAGUUCAGCAGUUCCUGGGGAUGGCACAGUCAACAAGAUGAUGGGAGCUGUAGGAGUGGGUGGAAGUUCAAGUACUACUGGUCUGACAUCGCCUAUAUUCUGUUCCUCUCGACCCAAGAAACUGCUGAAGACCAGCUCAUUUCACUUGCUCAAACAGCGGCGUGAGCCACAACCUCAAACAAGAAAAAACUAUGCGCAGGAGUAUGAAUUUGAGGACGAUGAGGAUAAAGCUGAUGUUCCAGCUGAUAUACGCCUAAACAGUCGACGCCUUCCUGACCUGCUCCCUGACUUGGUGUCUAGUUGUAGGAAGGCUGGUGGGGUAUCAGGAGCAAGUGGGCUCAGUCCACUGAUGGGUGACAUGGACUUCUGCCACCCCUCCAGCUACUCAUCCCUUGGACACCCUCCACAACUCCUCCCCAACGAAGGCCCUAAAAAAAGAGGCAGGAAACCAACUAAACCAAAACGUGAAGGCCCUCCUCGUCCACGAGGUAGACCACGCAUACGUCCUCUUCCAGAGCCCGCCUACUGCAGGGGGCUGAUGGGAUCAGUGGCUGGAGAAAGUAGAAAGGGUCGUGGGCGAGGUCGAGGGCGAGGCAGGAAGGAGGAAGGGCUUGUUGAAAUGCAUCAAGAUGUGAACAAAGCACAAAGCCUCCCAUAUCAGCAGCAGCAGCAGCAGCAUCGGCAGCAACAGUUCAGCCAACAGCAGCAUCUCGAACAGCAUCCACACGACCAACACAGACAGCAAGCAGACCACCACCAAGCACCACAACAACAGCAUCACCUGCAUCAUCAGCAGCAGCAUGUAUCCUGUCCUCUCCUUCAACCGCAUCAUCAACAGCAGCAUCAACAGCAGCAGCAACAUCAACAACAGCAUCAUCAUCAACAACAACAGCAACUAUCCCAGCUGCCGCAGCAAGAUCCAGUCAGACCUAUCAAGAUCAAACUGCCCGUUCCCAACAUGCCUCCAUCAGAAUCUUUGUUGAGGACAGACUCACUGUCCAGCGCUGAGCCAGUUCUGUCUGACGGAUCAGUGGGGUCGGCACCGUCUCUGGGACUGAGUCCUGGACCCAUAGACAUCGGCAGAAAUGAGAUGAACCAGACUCAAGACAAGAUGAUGAAGCAUCAGCAGAAAGCUGUAGAGAUGACGUGGAAGAAAGAAAUCGACGAUCCACUGAAUCCUGAAGCCUGGGCUGCUAUGCAGAAACUCUCCAGUUCAGCUGAUGAGAAGGCUUUCGACUUCAAACCCGGCUUCAUGGCCUCUUUUUUGGACUUCUUGAAGACUGGCAAAAAACAGUCGGGCCUUGAACUGGGACAUGACGGAGGUGAGCAGGAAUCCCUGAACCCCUUUUCCUCUCUGAAGGGAGGGAUCUUAUCCUCGCCUCCUCCUCCCCUAUCGCCGACUCCUCCGCAGCAGCGAGCAUUCGGAGAGGGAGGGCAGGGCGAAGGGUCGGACCUGGCUCUCAGCAGCUGCCCGAGUCCCUGCAAGCCACUGGACGAGGAGCUCAAAAGGAACCUGGAGACGCUGCCCUCCUUCUCCUCCGAUGAGGAGGAGGAGGUCAGUAAAAACCAGGACCUGCAGAAAAGCAUAUCAUCUGCCAUCUCGGCCCUCUACGACACCCCGCACUCGUUAGCUGCCGCAAUGGCUUCGGCCAUGGCCAGGACCCCGUCCAGCAUGUCCCCGUCUAGCCCACAGGAGCCGCCGCUCAGCCCUCCUCUCCCCGCCAUGCCUCCCCUCAUCCCCAGUAUGGAGAAUGGAAAAGAGGAGGCGCUCACGUACACACAGGACAUACAGGACAAGGAGGAGCAAAAACUGGUCUCCCCACAGUCGAACAGUGAAAAAGCAGAGGAGAGGGAGGCCGAGCAAGGACGAGAAGAGGAGAAGGAGGGAGGUGGGGAGACUGCAGACGAUGAAGAACUAAUGAUUGAUCCACUGAAUCUGCAGCAGGGAGACCUGGAAGAGCAGGAGGAGGAGGAGGAGGAGGAUGAAAAGGAAAGGAUGUCUGACAUGCAGAUGUUGGAGGUUCUUAAUGUUGAAGAUUCUCCAUCAGGACUGGUGCUUGCUCCUGCAGCUCCAUCUCCAUCCCCAUCCCCAUCCCCAUCCCGAUCCCCAUCACCAUCUCCAUCACCAUCACCAUCCACCUCCCCUUUGCCACCCACCUACUCGUCACCCUCGCCCCUCCCUCCCCCCUGCCUCUCCGUACCCUCCCAACUGCCGAUCCUGCAGGAUGAGGAAGAGGCAGAUCAAACUUAUCCUCCCUCUGAGCAGCAGCAGUCCUCCUACCAACCGGCUCCUCCAACCGCAGUUACCUCCCCACCCCCCUCCACCUCCCCUCCGGCCAUCUUGUCCUCACCCCUCUCCAACCUUCCCUUGGGCCAGUCCAUUCCCCCUCCAUCCACCACACCUCCUCCAUCAUCCUCUGAUCAGGACCAGGAACCCGAAGCUGAGCAGCCUUCCCCCUCCUCACCCGCCUCCUCCUCUCCCUCUUCAUCAUCCUCUCCGCCGCCAUCACCUCCGACCCCGGAAGAGGCCCCGGCACCCCAGCGUCUUACCUCCCUCCACCUGGCGAAGAAGCAGGCUGACGCCGCCAUCGCCGGGGAGAGCGAGGAGGAGGACAGCGAGAGCGGAGGCGAGGGAAUCUUCCGCGAACGGGACGAGUUUGUGGUUCGGACAGAGGACAUCGGGACGCUUAAGAUGGCCUUGCAGACAGGCCGGGAGCCCCCACCCAUCUGGAGGGUGCAGAAAGCCUUGCUCCAGAAAUUCAGCCCAGAGAUCAAAGAUGGACAAAGGCAGUUCUGUGCAACCAGUAAUUAUCUGGGUUACUUUGGUGAUGCCAAAAUGCGCUACCAGCGCUUGUAUGUGAAGUUCUUGGAGAACGUCAACAAAAAAGAUUACGUGAGAGUGUGUUCUCGAAAGCCGUGGCAUCGAGCCGGUCUCACUCUAAGACGCCAGUCGCUACCUAAACAGCAGCCCACCAUUCACAACCAAACCCCACCUCGAGUGGAGAGAGACGACAAGGAGAGACAGAAAGAGAGAGAGCUGAAGGAGCAGAGAGAAAGAGAGAAAGAACAGAGAGAGAGGGAACACAGGGAGAAAGUGGAAAGGGAACACAAGGAGAGAGAGAAGGAGAAACAGGAGAGGGAGCAGAAAGAGAGGGACAGGAGAGAAACAGAGAACGUGGAGAGGGAAAAAGAGGACAGGGAGCAAAAGGAGAGGGAACAGCAGAAAGAGAGGGAGAGAGCAGAUAAAGAGAGAGAAAAGAGAGAAAGGGAGUGGAGAGAAAAGGAGAAACAGGAGAUAGAGAAGGAGAGAGAGCAGAAGGAGAGGGAACAGAAGGAGAGGGAAAAGGAGAAAGAGAGGGAGCAGAAAGAGAAGGAGGCGAGAGAGAAGGAGAAACAAAGGGAUCACGAGAAAAGGGAGAGAGAGGAGCGAGAGAGGAGAGAUGGCACAGUGGAGUUUGCCAGGUUGAAGGAGGAGAAGAGAGGAGGAGGAGAGAAGAAGAUGGAGCGUCGGCCCAGAGCCAAGGCCGCAAAGGACAAGGCAGAGCCUCCUCCCAAGAAGAGGAAGAAGUGGUUGAAGGAGGUGCCAUCCUCCUCCUCCGAGUCGGACUCCUCCAUACCCAGUGAUGACGAAGGACCAGUGCGAGGCGGAGUUAACAGCCGAGCCAUGAGGGAGAUUUUCAGGAGCUAUGUGGAGAUGCUGGUCAGUACGGCGCUCGACCCUGACAUGAUUCAAGCACUGCAGGACACCGAUGACGAGUUGUACCUCCCACCCAUGAGGAAAAUUGACAGCCUGCUCGGUGAACAGAAGAAGAGGUUGUUGAGGAGAGUCAGCAUGAGUGUUCAGCACCAGGAGGCUUUACAUGUAUUCCCAAAAAUGAUGGCUGACCCGCUGGAAUCUGGAGCUGUCAAAGUUCACCUUGGUGGGGAAGGUUACAACCGCAAAACGCUCAACCGGGUCAAGAGGAGUGUUCCUAAGCAACAGGACCUGAAGCUCUCGAUUGAAACUUGCCGGAUCUACAGUCUGUAUCAUUCCCUUCACCACUACAAGUAUCACACCUUCCUGCAUUGCAAGAAGGAGACGGACAGCAUCGAGCAGGCAGCUGAGGACCCCGGCCAGGAGGAGGUGGUGCAGCAGUGCAUGGCUAACCAGGGCUGGCUGGAGAGCCUCUUUAACUCCUUCAUGGAGCUGCUUGGCCUCAGUGCCAAGGCCUGAAGGAGGACCACAGCCCCCCCCUGCCCCCAGCCACCAAACUCACACAUCCACCUGCAGUAUUAUGUGGAAGUAUUGAGGUAUCCAGAAUUUGUGAAACGAAUACGGAAACUGUACGGAUGCUAGAAGGGAAGACGGCUCCAGCGAGAACAGCCACUGUUGGUUUGUUUGUUGGAGGUUGAACUUUUAAAGUGUUUGUUUUAUUAUUAUUGAGUCCAUUUUAAAGUACCUCUUUAUUUCAAGAAACCUAUUGAAAGACGGAGGAGUAGUGAACUACGUGAAUGUGAUGGAUUUUCCUCAAAAGUAAAAAAAAAAGAAAAAAAAAAAAGGGACCACAAGAUAAUUUGGUCAGCACUACAAAAGAGUCGAGACCUACAGAAUAUUGACAGACACACACACACGAGCUGUCUAUAAGUAUGUAUUAACAACUAAAGUUUGUAUAAUUUAUACAAGGACAUUUCCAAAAAUGACCGUCCUAAGAUGGGAUUGUUUGCUGUUACUAUUUUUGAAGAAAUGUUUUAAAGGGAUUUACAUAAAAAUGGCCCACCUGCAAUACUUUGCUUCUAUCAGACCGACAGGGUUGAGCGAGACAGAAGUGAGGUUUAAUAGGACUAUAUGAUAGUCUCUCUUGUUUCUACCUGCCUCAGUUAGAAGCAGCCGCUUGAGGGGAAAUGUAUUUAAAACUAAGCUGUGUUCUUUCUGUUUGUUCUUCAAAAGACAACAAGCGAGAGAGAGGAUUUAAUGCCUGCAAAGACGAUGAAUGAAAAAAUAAAGCACGACUUUCUCGAAAGGAAGUGUUCGGUGAAACGAUCCAAAAGCAUAAAUGUCAGUGUUUAAUGUUAGUCAUUUUUAUCUGUUUGUUGUUGAUUGAUAUUUCCUAUUUCUUUGACCUCUCAGAGGAUAUUCUUGCAGAGCAAUUCUGUUGUUUUGAUGUGUAAAUAUUGUACAGCUCCUUCAUUCUCUAGUUUCCAGUUGCUCUUCUGUACAUGAAAUUCCUGUAUUUGACAUAAUGAAAUAAAACAGUUCAAAUGACAAAAGUGAUGAUGAAUAAA